AUGUUCAAGCGUCUCGUCACCGUCGCUCCCCGCGUCGGCUCUGUCACACCGCGCUCCCUCGCCCCCUUCGCGGGCCUCUCGGCAUCAUCAUCAUCACCCUCCAUCCAGCAGCCCAUCCAGCGAGCCUCGCCGGCCCCCGCUGUGCAGCGUAGAGGAUACCAUGAGAAGGUGCUGGACCACUACAACAACCCGCGGAACGUGGGCUCCUUCCAGAAGGGCGACCAGGACGUCGGCACGGGUCUGGUCGGCGCCCCCGCUUGCGGCGAUGUCAUGAAGCUCCAGAUCCGCGUGAACAAGGACAACGGUCGUAUCGAUGAUGUCGUCUUCAAGACCUUUGGGUGCGGCAGUGCUAUCGCGUCGUCGAGCUAUCUGACGGAACUUGUCCGCGGUAUGACUCUCGAGGAGGCUGGCAAGAUCAAGAACACCGAUGUGGCGAAGGAGCUGUGUCUGCCCCCGGUCAAGUUGCACUGCUCCAUGCUCGCUGAGGAUGCUAUCAAGUCUGCCAUCUCCAACUACUAUACCAAGAACCCCAACUCUCGCGCCACAGAUCUUUCUGGGACUGGUGGCGUCAUCCCCGACGUCAAGGUCGAGAUCGAGCAGACCGGUGGCAGCCCCGCCGCCGCCGUAUAA